GAUGUCAAGAUAGGUAAUUAUAUAUAUGAGAUGGUCUUUGUCUUAUGAAACACCUGCUCACGGGUAGGCUGAAGCUACAGGCUGAGAAGAGCAGAUAAUUCGGCACCAGGCUAUUAUCAUCUUCAACAUCAUCUUCACCAUGAAGAUGCUGACUGUGGCUGCACUUAUGUGCACCAUUAUGGCUUUGACUACAGCUGAUGAUCCUGCAGAAGCCAAAUCCGAGAAUGACCAAACAGUGUCCUCAGCAGAGACAGACCUGGUCAAAAGGACAUAUGGGUGUUCCUAUGGUUGGAGAAGGCUCUGUGGCCGCUGUUUCCGCUACGUUGCAAGACCACUGCGUUGGGCUCAAGCUGAGAAAAACUGCCAGUCCAUGGGUGGAAACCUUGCAUCAGUACAUAGCGAUCAGGAGUACCGUAAGAUUCAGACACUGAUCGUUCAUCUCUGUCACCGCUAUAGAGAGAUAUGGCUCGGAGGCCAUGAUGGAGAAGAGGAGAGAGCUUGGCUGUGGAGUAAUGGUAGGCGAUUCAAGUAUCAGAACUGGUGUCGUGGAGAGCCCAAUAACAACCGUGGCAGUCAGCACUGUCUGCAAAUGAAUUAUUCAGUCCGAAGGUGCUGGGAUGAUGAUCACUGCUACAAACGAAAACCAUCUGUCUGUGUCAAGAGGUGCUACUGAUUCCUGACAUACAGGCGUGGAGUAGCACAAAAACUGGUGGAGGUGUGUUAAUGUGCAUAUUUUCAAAAGCACCUGUUUUUGUGUUGAUCAGUCUGAUAUAACCUGAAGGCUCUAUAACUCAUAUUGUUUCAUAUUAUUAUUUCAUUUCCAUCGCUGUAACGCUACUAAAGGAAUGAAGCGAUAAGUUACGUAAUCAGAAGCUGGACUGUUCCUAAGGCCUUAUGCCUUUAAUAAGAGCAGAUUGAAUGUGUUUUGAAAGAAUGCUUACUGCAACUUAUUCUUGAAAGUGAACAAGAGCUGCAACUAAUGAUUAUUGUCAACUGUUUUCUCGACUAAUCAAUUAGUCAUUUUACUAUCAUAGAAGACUA